UUCUUGUGUAAGGCUUAAUAGUCUUAUUUUAUCUGUACCUCUAAUGGCUGAAGCUGCUGUACUAGUUGAUACUUGUUAUGUCAAUGGAGAAGAUGAAACAGAGGAAAAUACUGUAGUUAGAAGAAUUGGGAAAUACCAUGCCAAUAUCUGGGAGCGUGAUUUUUUGCAGUCUCUUUCAUCACCUUAUGGAGCACCUUCGUACAUGGAGAGAUUGGAAACGUUGGUUGAAGAGAUAAAGAUGGACGUGUUUAGCAGUCUUGUUGGAGAGGGAGAAAUUAGCCCCUCUUCAUAUGACCUUCUGGAAAGACUGUCCAUUGUUGAUGUUGUCCAACGCCUUGGAAUCGAUAGGCAUUUUGAGAAAGAAAUAAAGGCAGUUUUGGAUUACACAUACAAAUAUUGGAAUGAAAAUGGCAUUUCAUGGGGGACAGAAACUGGUAUUGUUGAUCUCCACACAAGUGCUUUGGGAUUUCGAAUUCUUCGCCUGAAUGGAUACCGUGUGUCUUCAGAUGUAUUUCAUAACUUCAAGGACCAAAAAGGGCAGUUCUUUUGCCCUACAAAACAAUCUGACAGCCAAAUAAGAAUCAUGCUGAGUUUAUAUCAAGCCUCUGAGAUUUCUUUUCCAGGAGAGAAUAUCAUGAGGGAAGCUAAAGAAUUUGCCCGUAGAUGUCUAAAAGAAGCACUUGAAAAGAGGCAGGAAUUAAAAGACAAAACCCAGCUUCUAGCAGAGGUGGAGUAUAUUCUACAUUAUCCAUGGAGAUGCAGAGUCCCAAGGUGGGAGGCAUGGAAUUCUAUCCAAAUAUUUAGACAAGACAUAGAUUCUUGGAUGUUGAUGAAGGGAAUAUAUAAGGUGCCAAAUGAAUGGAGUAAAAAGAUUUUGGAAUUAGCAAUAUUGGAUUUCAAUAUCUUGCAGUCUCACCAUCAAAAUGAACUCAAACAUUUGGCUGAAUGGUGGGAUGAGGCAAUCGUGAAACAACUUAGUUUCUUUAGGCAUCGACAUGUGGAAUAUUAUUUUUGGUAUACAUGUGGCUUGUAUGAGCCUGAGUUUGGAGCAACAAGGUUGUGCUAUGCCAAACUGGGCACCCUAAUUACUAUUGUUGAUGACAUUUUUGAUACUUAUGGAACUAUUGAUGAGCUCAUACCUUUUAGGGAGGCUUUGAUCAAUUGGGAUAUGUCGAUGAUGGACCAACUUCCAAACUAUAUGCAAAUUAGUCUUCGGUUUGCCCACCAAACAUAUAUGGAAAUAACUAUUGAGGCUGAAAAGAUACAUGGUCCACGUGUACAAGAAUGGAUGAAGGAUUAUUGGAAGACACUAAUGUGGGCAGAAUUUCAAGACGCUGAAUGGAUAGCUAAAAAAUAUCAUCCAACUUUAUCUGAAUACUUAAAGAACUCAUUAAUAUCUUCUACUGUUCCUGUUGUUACAUUGUUUCCCAUGAUUUUAAUCAACACAUAUCUCCCAGAUGACAUUUUGAAGAGAGUUAAUAAGUUUGAAAGUAGAGUAGCAUGGGGUUGUCGAUUAAUUGAUGACUCCAAAGAUUUUCAGAAUGAACAAGAACAUGGAGAGACUGCAUCAUGGAUAGAAUGUUAUGCAAGAGAUAACCCUGGAACAACUAGGGAGCAAGCUUUAGAUCAUGUGAACAUGCUUAUCGAGUUGAGCAUAGAAGAAUUGACUAAGGAGCAUUUAUUUUAUGAUCAUGAUAUUCCAAGUUGUUGUAAGAGGUUGUAUUUUGAUUCCAUGUACAGAUCAGUGGCUUUCAUUUGGAGGGACAUAGAUGGUUUUUCAAUAUCACAUCAAGGCACCAAAGAUGACAUAAUGAAAAUACUUAUUGAAUCUAUACCUCUCUAAGAUGGAGAGAGAAAAAAUAACUUUAUUUCAUGUAGUGUUCCUUUAAAACUUUUUUAUUAUGUACCUAAGUUGUAAUAGAUGGAAAAAUUAUAACUAGAAUGUGUAGGGACAAUA